UGCCGCCGCCCAUAGUGGCACCGGUGUUGACUUGUGGUACAGAUAUUAUAUUUGAAUUUGCAUCAUAGACUCAUGCACGACAGAGUCGAGUCGGUUAUCCAACUUUUGGAUAAGGUAUUCAUCCAAACCCAAUCUGAAUUUGUGUAUUUUUUAAGUGAAAAAUUCUGUUUCGUUUCGGUUGGAGGUUGCCAUGUAAUAUGCAGACUCAUUAUGCUAGCUGAGGCGUAAAUCAACACUGAACUUAUCGCAUCUAUUCAGAAUGCCACGUUGGCCUAAUUGCACUUACCACACGUAUAUAAAGCCGAGUAUACAUACGGGAUGCUCCAUCGUAACUUGCUCUUGCUCCGGAGAACCAGAAUGACCUCAUUUUCGACAUUUUCCAUAAUCCUGGCUGCAUUUUGCAGCGUUCAAAGUCAAAACUAUCGCCAGGUGUUGGAAAAGUCGCUGCUCUUUUAUGAAGGACAGCGGAGUGGAAGACUUCCCGCAAAUAAUCGGAUCCCUUGGAGGGGAGAUUCCAUGUUGGAGGAUGGCGAUGGUGACGUAGAUUUGACUGGGGGAUAUUUCGACGCUGGAGACCACGUAAAGUUCAAUUUCCCCCAGGCCUGGGCCCUCUCGACGAUUGCGAUGGGCGGACUAGAUUUUAAAGAGGGAUUUAUCGCCUCGGGUCAACUUAACAAUCUUCUGGAGGCGUAUAAAUGGGGAGCAGAUUAUUAUCUGAAGUGUCACACGGGUGAGACGGAGUUAUUCGUGCAGGUCGGCAACGCCACGGCAGACCAUAACUCGUGGGACAUUCCUGAACGGUGGACAGAUCCUCGACCAGCAUAUAAAAUUACGGCAGAAAGGCCAGGUAGUGACAUCGCUGGUGAAACGUCAGCCCUCUUCUCUGCCGGAACUCUCCUCUUUCAAACGGUGAACGAUACAUACGCCUCCAUCUUGUUAGACCAUGCCAAAUCCUUAUACACAUUUGCGAACCAAUACAGAGGAAAGUAUAGUGACAGCGUGCCAGAAGCUACACCAUUCUAUACAUCUUGGGCCUUUGAGGAUGAAAUCGCUUGGGCGGCAGCUUGGCUCUAUAGAGCAUCCGGGGAAGAACGAUAUCUCCUUGAGGCGGAAGCUCUAUACGCGGAAUUUAAUCUGCAAUAUGUGAACGACUUCAGUUGGGAUGGGAAAGCUUCAGGCGUCGAUAUCUUACUGUACCAAACAACUGGGAGGGCGGAAUACGGCCAAAAACUAAUUUCCUACUGUGACUGGGUGGUCGAUCAAGCUCCCAGAACUCCUAAAGGGCUCCUUUUCCUGAGUGAAUGGGGUUCCCUCCGGGCCGCUUCGAAUUCCUUGUUCGUCUGCGUUCAGGCGGGGAAGCUUGGUCUGAAUACGGAAAAGUACUUCAAUUUUGCCAAGACACAGAUCGAUCUGAUGCUCGGGGAUUGGGGAAGAUCCUUCGUCGUAGGGUAUGGAACUAACCCACCGACCCGCUACCAUCAUCGAGCAGCGUCAUGUCCGAGUCCACCAGUGCCAUGCGGGUGGUCCGAGUUUGACAACAUUAAUCCGAAUCCGCACGUUUUGAAUGGUGCCCUUGUGGGUGGGCCUGGUCCAAAUGAUGAAUACAUCGAUGUCCGUAACGACGCUGUGAGGAACGAGGUGGCGGUGGAUUACAAUGCCGGAUUUCAGGGAGUUGUUGCCAGCCUGGAAGAAUAUUUUGGAUCGGGGAAGAAAUAAAUUUGAUGAUUAAAUAUCUUUAGGGAAGGUUUACUAGUUGAUAAAAAUUUUGGAUUGGAAUCGAUUGAUAAAUGCUAAUAAAUAGUUACAGUUAUCACGCAGCUUUACAUAUUUUA